AUGGGCAACAAAGUAUCCGCAGUCCAUGGCGUGAAGUCAGACCAUUUCUACGACCAAGGCAACGCCGUCAACGAGAUCUGGGUCGGGGACGUGGAAGUCAUCUCGCGUUUACCCUUCGGCGAUUCCGAUCUUGAGCAAGCCGGCUGGCCCCCGGGAGACUUCCCAAAGAUCCCGUGGCAUCAUUUCAUCAUCCCCAUGCAUAAGCGAGACGAAGCCAGCAACAUGACUACCGAAAUUCCCUUGUGGGCUAGGAAUGAGGCUUGUUGCCAGGUUUGGAAUCCAAAGAAUGGGUACCUGGGCAUGUACAUGAGCAUCUCUCCAUGUGCGGCAUAUUUUAUCGGGGUUGCGUUCCUUCUCCUCGCUUUCGGGACGUACUUUCAUUUUCUCACCUGCGUCAGCGCAGCUAUCUUCGACUGGCGAGAUCUACGGGAAGCAUCACGUCUUUGCGCGGAUCCGCCCGCGAUCAGGCGUAUGGCUAACCAUAAACUUUUGUCCAGCCUCGCCAAAGCAUUCAUUGUUGCUGCUCUCUCUAUUCUCUGCUUGGUGCUGGGCUUGCCUGCUGCCGCUGCUGGCAUGAGGACAAUGGAUGCUGCCACAUUCAUUUUGAUAAAUGGGCUUGGGGUUGGUAUUGUUGCUACCAUCGGCGUCGUCGGAAUCCCUUUGAGCUUUCUGUGGUUGACGAGAAAGCCACGCCGUGUGGAGACCUUUUCGUAG